AUUUUGGCGCCGAAAAGCAAUAACAAAAACACUGGAAGCAACUCAGUAUAUUGAGGACUAUCGAGCUCCGCUUAUCAUGAAUAGAUCGGUCGUGCAUCAUGACUAAGAAACACUGUGAAUAUAAUGAGCUGCUCCAAACCGAACGUUUCAUCAAAGAUCGACUGCAGAACGACAAAAUAAACUUUUUCGGUCAUGCCGAGCAGAGACAAAGUAUUUACGAUUUAUUGGAGCGGAGUGCGACAUUUGGUGAAUCGAACAUUGCAUUAUUGAUUGGAGUCAGAGGUAGCGGUAAGACAUCCUUAAUAGCAUCGGCGCUGCACUCAAUCAUUAGUAAUCCAAAGCUAACGGACGUUGUUAUCGUACGACUGCACGGAUUGAUUGACACCAACGAUACCAUCGCAUUGAAGUCGAUAACGAAGCAGUUGCAACUGGAAGAGGAAACCGACAAAAAACUGUUCGGUUCAUUUGCCGAGCAUCUUGCAUUCCUGCUGACUUGCUUGAAGUGUGGACGUGACAGGCAAUCGAGAAGCGUGAUUUUCAUUUUGGAGGAUUUCCAUCUGUUCUGCGACCACACCAACCAGAAUCUUCUGUACAAUCUGUUCGAUUCCGCUCAAUCGAAUCAGGCUCCAAUUUGUGUUAUCGGUCUGACCAGUCGGCUGGAUGCCGUGGAACUCCUGGAGAAGCGUGUUAAAUCCCGAUUUUCUCAUCGUCAGAUUAUCUUGAAUCCGAAAGACAUUUCAUUUACGGAACGACUUGAUAUUGUCAGGAAAUGGCUGUCAUUGCCCACCAAACGUGACAUCAAAUCCAUCCAAUCGAACGAUGAGUUCUCGAAAAACAAUAAAAUGGCGUGGAUGAGACGAUUAUUCGACCAGAGAAAGUACAAGUUUUCUGCCGAUUGGAUUGACGAAUGGAACAGUAACGUUGAUGCUAUAAUGGAAAAUGAUUCGGUGAUCGAAUCGUUCCAGCUAAUCCAUGACUUCAGCGAGACACUAGACGUGGUGAAAAAGAUUCUAUAUCAACUGGUGAACGGGCUUGAUUCGCCGAUGUUAAGUGCAAAUCACAUACAAAAACUGUGCGCCGACUAUUGUGACGAUGGUUGUGUGAAACGGAUCACAGAUCUGUCCGUGCUGGAAAUAUGCCUGUUGAUUGCAAUCAAACAUCACAGCGAAAUAUACGAUCACGAUCCGUUCAAUUUCGAAAUCAUUUUCACGCGACUGAACAAAUUCGUUAAAUCGGCCCACAUGAAUCCGUACGACAGAUCGAUUGUGCUGGCAUCGUUCGAGAAAUUGCAGAACGACGCUCUAAUACGGCUGUUAAGCGAGACGUCAUCCAAAGUGCAGAAAGAAUUCCAAAUGAACAAAUUAAACAUUAUGGUCUGUCAGAUCAACAAAGCUGUAACCAAAUACCCAAAUCUACCUACCGAAAUCAAACAGUGGGCACAAAGUUCGUUAAUUUAGAGUUAAGUUCCGUAAGACCUUUCCGUAAAGUGAAUUUUUUUGUAAUAAAAUUGAGUCGAGACUU